CGUCGUCCCCAAUUUGCAGCAUCAAGCCACCACCGACCGAGUCUUUAAAAGACCAUUUUCAAAUGAAAUCGAAACUAGUUAGUGAGGAAAUUUGUAACGUGUUGCUUUAAUUCGUUGUCGCCGAAAGAAUUCAAAGAAAUCACAUCCUUAAAUUUGAAAGACCAAAUUUCAAUUUAUUUACAAAACUUAAAAAAAUAAAUGUUAAUUUUCGAAUCAAGAGUUUUGUUGAGAAAAUAAUUCCGAGUGUUAAAAUGAGUUUGAAAAUGUUUAAUUUUAAAAAUUCGGCAGCCCUUUGGGCAUUGAUAUAUUUUACUCUCUUGCCGCCGGAGUGUACGAGCAAAAUGUUUACCCGCUGCCAAUUGGCCAAGGAGCUGUUGCGUCACGAUUUCCCAAGGAGUUAUUUGUCGAAUUGGGUGUGCCUGGUGGAGAAUGAGAGCGGCCGUAGUACUUCAAAAGUUAUGCAAUUGUCAAAUCAAAGUGUGGGUUAUGGACUAUUUCAGAUAAACAGCAAAAACUGGUGCCGAAAAGGACGAAAGGGUGGCAUUUGCAACAUUAAAUGUGAAGAUUUCCUAAAUGAUGAAAUUUCGGAUGAUUCGCGCUGUGCCAUGCAGAUUUUUAAUCGUCACGGGUUUCAGGCUUGGCCUGGCUGGAUGAAUAAAUGUCGUGGGCGAUCAUUACCAGAUGUAUCUCGCUGCUGAGUUGAAAUGGAAUGACGAUCGGAGGUUGGUUGGUUGGUUGGCUGGCUGACUGUCUGGUGCCAGGUCCACAGUCGUAGUUGCUUGUAAUGUGGGUAGUUUCUGUGAGUUUAAACCGAAAAAAAUAACAAAAUGAAAAAAAUCGGAGCGAAUGGAGUGUGGUUUGAAAGAAUGAUAUCCAAGCCCCACCGGGAGUUGGAGUGUUGGUGUAACCCAAGUUUUUUUGUUUUUAUUUUUUAUUCUGUAAGACUAAGUAAAUUCAUUGUAGUUGUUGUUGUUUUUCACAAUGACAACAAUAACAACAUUAAGUAUUUGUCGCUGCCAUUGCCUUAUUCUUGUUACGAAAAUAUCCUAAAAAAAACACAAACAAAAACUGCCGCUAAAAAAUUGGUAUUUUAUUUAAAAAAAUUAAUUUUAGUAUAAAAUAUGUAAUUUUUUGUAAUGUAUGUCUG